CUCGUAACAUCAGCGCGUCGUGACGCGCGACCAGGCGGAGCGACGCAGACCAGACGCGAGCGCAGCUCCGCAACGCGAACACCGCGCGUCCGCCGCCGUCUGCGGUUCGUCUGAGGAUCGCGUCGCGCCUGCUUUAAUGGUUUCCAGGCAAAUCAAGAAGGAUCUCCAGGAUUGAUGAGAAGGUGAGACACUCGCUCUAACGAACGCGCAUCAAGAGCCGAGACACUUCAUGACACUUACAGACGCGUGAUGCUGUGCUUUCUGCUCCUGACGCUCCUCUGGACGCUGGUCACUGCAGCGCUGCAGCCGUCCACACACACCGCGGCCGGCCUGCAGGACGAUGGAACAAGACCGUAUAUUUACCGCUGCCGCUCACCCAACAUGGAGGUCUUCACCUGCUGGUGGCGUCCGAUCGCGAAUCAGGACAACGUCACCUACACGCUCCUGUACACCACAGAUGAGCGCGCUCCUCUGGAGUGUCCCGAUUACGUGAGCGGUGGCAUCAACAGCUGCUUCUUCGAUGCCAAACACACUCAGGUCUGGGAGGUGUACUGCAUGAACGUGACAGCGCACACGCGCACCGGACCCAUCACCUCCCACAAACACUGCUUGGACGUGGCUGAUAUAGUGGAGAUCGACCCGCCCUUUAACCUGACGUACGUCAUGAUGAACGAGAGCGUGGGUGAACCGGACCAAAGUAUUCUGCUGUCCUGGCUGUAUCCCGUUGAGACUCAGGUGCGCGAGGGAUGGAUCACGCUCAUCUACGAGCUGCGCUACAGACACCUCGCUCAGCCGGACAACUGGAGGGUAAAAGAGCGUUUGCGUGAGCCUCAUGUGGAGCUGCUGGUUCUGCCGGUGGGAAAGUACGAGUUCAUGGUGCGCUGCCGCUCCACCAACAGCAAACACUGGAGCGCAUGGAGCGAGUCCAUCAACGUCAGCUUCAAAAGCAGACCUCUGUCCGAUCGGAUGCUGGUCUUGAUCCUCGUGACCAGCAUCUUCAUCAUGGUCUUCCUCGUCGUGGGUUUGGGGAUCGCCCCGCGAGGCAAGAGAAUUAAAUCCUUCCUCCUGCCACCGAUUCCCAAGCCACGCAUCCGAGGGAUUGAACCGGUCCUGCUGAAGAAGGGGAAGAUUGAUGAGAUCAAUCGUCAUUUCUCCAGCUUUCACGGCUAUAAGUCGCCGCAGUACAGCAUGGACACAUGGUACCAUUUGAGCGUGGACCCGUGUCCGGCUGCGAUUCUGUAUAAACACGAGGAUGCACCGAUCGCCAAUGGACAGCCACCUACACAGAUGAGCUGCAGUCCUGCAGCCUACUGCCGUGGCCCCGCCCCUUACUGUGAGGGAGCCACGCCUCCUUCAAAUCCUGACCCCGCCCCCUACUGUGAGGGAGCCCCGCCUCCUUCAAACAAUGGCCCCGCCCAUUAUUGUGAGAGUGCCCCGCCUCCUUCCAACCCUGGCUCCGCCCACCCGGAGCUCAUGUGCGUCCCAGGCAUAGACUACAGCCUGAUUAUAAACCCCGCCCCCGCAGCGCCGCAUGACUUCUACACCUGUGUGAAGGGCGUGACCCCCGGCGGAGCGCUGCACCUGGUGCCCUGUCUGCCCGACGCACUGAAGAACACGCCCUACCUGCAGUUCACAGACGACUGUGCAGACAAGAGCAGCCAGCUGGCGGCGCUGCUGGAGAAGCAGAUGGAGGCGCUGUUGAGCUCGAGCGACUCGGACCCCAGCGAAGCUGCCCUGCCUUUGCUACCUCACUCAUCAGACACGAACUGAGCGCAAACCAGGAGCUAACGCACAUGUGACGUACAAACACACACGAACACAGUUGGUGAGUCACGCAGUCUGUGCUGGAUUGUCUGGAUAGGCGUUUCGGUUCAGAGCGAGCGCGUUCACUGCCUGAUUCACAGCACAAGCAUUGCAAAUUAAUGGGAAAUAGGCAAAAAUAUGAAAAUACAAAGAUGUUUUUGUUUCACAAUGUAAAAAAACUGACAAAACUUUAGCGAUUAUGCCUGAAAACACUGAUCAGUAUCUAAGGAACGCACAGCACUGAAUAAAUAAAUAUAUAUUAUAUGUACAAGGUAGAACAAAUCUGCUUCAAUUCAAUGGAUUUUAAGUACUUUUCCUCUAUUUAUAAUUGAAAAAUUAUAUCAAAAUAUUUUUUAAUAUAUUUUUUUACAUUUUAUACAGAAAAUAGUCCAUAAUUUAGAUACAAGUAUUAAUUAAUAACAUGAAAUACACUCAAAUUAAAUAUUUUUGUGAAAUUAAAUAUAGUGUAUUCAUUUCACAAAAAUAAAAUGAUUACAUGAUUAUGGCCUCCGGUCAGUUUUGACCUCAAACAACACAUGUUUGACACCCAGAUAAACAAUACCAGAGGGUUUAUUCAGGUUCUGUUCAGUCUCUAGAGCUGAGUCCCGUCCAGAUGUGCUUUAAGUUCAGAUGACAUGAACGUGUCGCUCAGAUCAAACGCUGAGGAAUAUGGAAAACAUGUAUAUGUGCGCUCUUUCAGAUGAAACCGUACAGACUGCGUCUCACUCACAAACUGCACACACACACACACACAUGAACAGCUGAACUCAAGCUUUAUAAGCAAUCGCUCGACGGGUUUCUGGAGCUGAUGGACCUUCAGACUGGAACUAAAAUACACUCAGACCUUAAAAAUCAGAUGAUGCAGGAAUAUUAUUGACUAAUGGACAACAGAUUCUGCCAUCUGCCCACUUCACUGUGAUCCUCGCCCAGUGUCUGAUGGGUAAUAACCCUACUGUCCAGAUGUAAUUCUUAGAUAUUUCGUGAAGCAUCUACAAGCUAUGAAUACAAAAAUAUGCACUCCAAAGACACACGAUGAGACGAGAGACGGAGCAGAAAUCAGCCCCAUCAGGAUGAACACGGAUUGUAAUGAACUCUGUUGUAAGACGGGUGUCUGGUUUGCUCGUUGAGCGAGUGAUGAUGUGAUGAAUGCACGGUUGUGAUGAUGAUGAUGAUGACGAUGAGAUACGCGACACACUACAGUGAAGAAAAACAAACAUUCCCUCGCUUUGUGGAUGUUGAGGCUUUAUUUGGUUAAACUACAGCAGUUUCCAUGAGUGCGGUGAAGUCUGGAGUCACCGUUUAACACUUUAGACGCAGAGCCCGACCUGUUUUAGGAGGUUGAAGAAUUCAAAAUCAUCUCACACGAGAUUAACACCGCAGCAGAAGAAGAUGUUCAUUUCUGCGAAAGCCUUGCUCGAAUCCUCUGGUGUAGUCUGUAGAUGUGUUUGUGAGGAGUUUUGUGUAAUUGUGAUGUUUGAUUAAUGUUUAUUGCUGGAACACAAUCUGAAUCAGGGUUUGAAUCGUGUCGGACGUCGAAGAAAGUCACAAUCGUGUUUCUGCACCUUCAGUCACUAGAAAUGACUCAGAUUCAUGAAGAGCGCUGUAUAAAGAUUAGAAAAACACUUUAUGAUCAACAAAAUGGCUUUUAUUUUUAUAUGUUUAUUCUUGGCUCUUAAGCAGUUUGAUAUAAUCUCUUUCUAAAAAAAGUGUCAUAUAAUAUAUAUAUAUACAGAGAGAGAGAGAUUAUGUUACUAUAACCAGAAUAUGUGUCGGUGUGUGUGUCUCUAUGUGUGUGUCUGUGUGUGUGUGUGUGUGUGUGUGUGUGUGUGUGUGUGUGUGUGUGUGUGUGUGUGUGUGUGUGUCUGUGUGUGUGUGUGUGUGUGUGUGUGUGUGUGUGUGUGUGUC